AUGGUGCACCCAGAAAGCGCCAAGUUGGCUGAGAAAGUACUGUCUGAACUCGGCAGCACGGAGUAUGCGUGCUCGUCCCUGGAGCCGCUAGCCGGAGGAACGGUCAACUUCAUAUUCAAGGGCAUCCUGCGUACUCCUCUUCCUGACGGAACCCAAGAGCUUGCUAUCAAGCACGGGGAGAGCUACAUCGCGGCGAACCCGAAUUUCAACCUUCCCCUAGCUCGCUGUGAUGCCGAAGAGGAAUGCCUGAAGGCGCUGCGUGGAUUAUCCCCAACGCCGGGACCCUUCACUGUUCGAGUCCCCAAACUUUAUCAUUACAACAAGGAGACCAACACUCAAGUUCUCGAAUAUCUCGCCGACGCAGUGAGCCUGAAAGAAUAUGCACUCAAACACUUUCAGUCUCAGGACGCGUCCAGAAAGCCACUGUGCCAUGAGAUUGGCCGGAGUUUGGGCGCCUGGCUACGUGGCUUCCACGACUGGGUGACGCUGCCGGAGCAGGCUGGGCUUCACGAGCUGAUGAGGUCGAAUCAGCAAAUGCAGCAACUUAAGCACAUCGUCAACUACUCGUUCCUGGUGCAGACUGUGGCCGACUUUCCGUCCAUUCUCGCAGAUGCAAAGGUUGUGUUUGAGCAAGUUGAAACAAUGUCAGCCAAGGAACUGGAACGACCAGAUCUGCAAGUCAUCCACGGUGAUUUCUGGACGGGCAAUACGCUCUUGCCAGACAGAGCCCUGCAAAACGGGGCAGAAGUGCCCAUCUUUAUCGUAGACUGGGAGUCGUGCCAGCUCGGCCUGCGCCCGUUGGACAUGGGCCAAAUGAUCGCCGAGCUCUAUCAACUCGUACUGUACAAAGGUAUGGACGAGGGAAUGUGGCUGAUCGAGGGCUUGACGGCGGGCUACGGUGACAUGGACGAUGACUUCGCCUUUCGGGCCGCACUCCACGUCGGCACGCACAUGAUUUGUUUUGGCAGCCGAGUGCCCGGCUGGGGGUCUGACGAGCAAGUGCGCGAGGUCGUCCGUACCGGUAAGGAAUUGAUUCUGCGUGCCUGGCAUAAAGACCGCAAGUGGUUUGAAGCAGCCGACCUGGCGUGCCUAUUUAGCAGGCCGUGA